CCUGCCUUACUUCCAUACCACUGACUCAGUACUCCCCCCUCCCCAUAUCCUCCUCCUCUCCUCUCCUUGUCUGUCUCUCCCACUCGCAUCCUCCUCCGGUCCACCGCCGAUCUGCCUCCAUGUCCCGUGCCGCCGCCGCCACCGUCUGCUCCAUGUGCGGCGACGUCGGCUUCCCCGAGAAGCUCUUCCGCUGCGCGCGCUGCCGCCACCGCUUCCAGCACUCGUACUGCACCAACUACUACGGCGACGGCGCGCCGGCCUCCGCCGGCUCCGACACGUGCGACUGGUGCCUCGGCGACGUGGCCGCAGGGAAGGCGAGGUGGUCGCCGUCGCCGUCGCCGUCCGCGGCCGGGAAGCAGCACGCCGCAGGCAGCCAGGAGUCGUCGUCCACCACGAGCUCCAGCGGCGGCAGCGGCCGUGGCGGGAAGCAGGCCGGCAGCGGCGACCACCAGCACCAGCAGGCCGAGGCCGCCGGGCGGCGGGCGACGACGACGACGACCAGGGUGGCCGGCCGCAGGUACAAGCUGCUCAAGGACGUCUUGUGUUAGUAGUUGACUAGCUGUAGCUAGCUAGGUCAUGGGCCUCACGACCUUGGUGAUGAACGAAGUCUACCAUCGCGAAGAUUCUAGAUAAUACUAGAUCGCGACGGAGCCGCGCGGCAGUAUUAAGUAGGACUAGCGAGCGAGUAGUUGUAUGACCUAGUAGUAUAGUAACCCAGUUAGCUGGCCUGAUGCGUGUGCGUGUAUAUACUAUGUGUGCUUCUGUAUAUGUAUGUUUAAUUUGCUUGGAUUAGGAAUGGUUGUUAGCCAGUUUCUUAUCUAGAAGUAUGUUCUUCUAUUCUAUAUAUAUGCAUGGAACCUUGGCUUGAUGGUUUCCUCUUUAUAAAUAUCUUAUGCUUCUUCUAGUAGUA